CUCAUAACCGCACAACUUUCGAACAACUCACAACACCCACGCCCAUUUGCUCUCCAUUACACUUGUGCAAGCCGCACCUACCCCAUCCCCUUCGCUUUCAAAAUGCAGGGAUUCAACAUGGGUAGAUACUACCCGCCAGACGCCGAAAGUGCCCACCGCUUCAACACCUCCCAUCCACUCGGCAAUCGCGCCCGCAAAUCCAACCAAGGCAUUCUCAUCGUACGCUUUGAACUUCCUUUCGCUGUAUGGUGCGACCACUGCAAACCCACUGCGCUUGUUGGUCAAGGCGUACGCUUUAAUGCCGAGAAGAAGAAAGUUGGAAACUACCUCUCCACUCCGAUAUGGAGCUUUCGCAUGAAACACACUGCAUGCGGAGGUUGGAUGGAAAUUAGGACAGAUCCUCAAAAUGCUGCCUAUGUUGUCACGGAGGGGGGAAGGAAAAGAGACUAUGGCCCGGAUGAGAGGGCUACUGAGGGAGAGCUCGCGUUCCUAACAGAGGAAGAGCGGGAAAAAAGACGGAAUGAUGCAUUCGCGGCACUGGAGGGGAGGCUAGACGACAAGAUAGUAGAGAAGAAGAAUAAGGAAAGAGUGGAGGAAUUGUACGAAGCCUCAGAGGUAUGGGAGGAUCCAUACACUGUUAACCAGAAAUUACGGAGCCAAUUCCGGGUCCAAAGAAAGAUGUUUGAGAAAGCAACACAGCACAAAGAACGCAUGCAGGAGAAGUUCGGGAUUGGCAUUGAUAUCGUUGACGAGAUCGAAAGCGAUCGCGUUCGAGCUCGCCUUGUCGAGUACGGCGCUGGAGAAAGCUCAAGCGAUCAGAAGGUCGAUGAAGCGUCUAGAAAACCCCUUUUUGUACCAAAAGACGCCAAUCAAAAUAACGAUCCCGGCUCGCAAGCACGAAAAUUGAAAUCCGAGAUCAAGGCCGAGAAGACCCGUCACAAUCUUCAACAGACGCUGGUCAGCAACACUCGCGCUGCCAUCGAUCCAUUCCUUAUGGGCAAGAACGCACGAACAAAGACCAAGGGUGAUAUUAUCCCUGGCUUGAAACGCAAACGCUCUUUAGAGGCUAGUACCAGGCCCAUUCCAAUCACAACCGAACCUCCACCUAAGAAAACUCUGCCACCAGUCGCCCUGGUCGGCUACGACUCAGAUUGAAGUGACACAUCUUCAAUUCACGACGACAUUCACGACACUCAAGCAUUAAUAGGCGUUAUAUACCCCCAAGUCUGGAUCCCAUAAACAUAGACUUUGAUAGAAAGCGAAGCAUACAAGCUUUCGCCAAGUGUAGAAAAUAAUUUCCAAAAACCCUUCCAUUUUUUUCAAAGUCUUUCUUGCCCAUUUUCCACAAGCUGGAUGGGGAACGUAGUUUAGUGUAAUGUAGCCCUCCUUUACAACUAUUGGCCUCGAAGCUCACAAGUUAUCAAGGCAUUG